GUGUUUUUCAUUGCGUGCAAUAUGACACCGAAGAGUAGUAACAUGGGUGUGCUGCCUAGGUUAGGACACAAAAGUGGCAUAUGGCAACAACUAUAUUGCUCGUAAAAGCAUACACCUUAGCAUACCCAAUUCAAUCUCUUUCCUUUUAUAGUAUACUGCGGGUAAUCUUGCGCCCCGUGCUUGCCUAGUAUCUAGAAUGGGAGGACUUCUGUCGCGUGCUGGCACCGACACCUACUAUGCCAAUUAUGAGAAAGCAUUUGAGCGGCUGGAAAAGGAUAGCAGCAAGGUCCUGGACCGUCGCGUCAAACGCCGCAAGAGAAUGGACGCCUGCAGCAAUCUCGGCUUUUGGACAACCGCCGUUGCUUUCUGUGUUGCUCUUCUCUUGACAGCAUAUUUGCAGCAAGUCAGUACCCAGAAAUGGUACCAGAAGGCAGUCACCAUUCUUGGCGCGUUCGCUGCUCCACUUGUGUCAGCGCUGCUCUUUAAGGGUAUUCUUUGGUUGUUCCGCUUUGGGGAGGCCCGAGACGAGCGGUUCCUACGCAAGCUAAUGGAGGCAAAGCGUAAAAUGAUUAAGGACUUGAAGGACUCAACACGGUUUGAGCGGACAGCUGCGCUCAUAAAAAAGUACGACCCGGACGAGCAGCAUGCUGGCAGCCCCCGCCCCCGUGGACCUGUCCAACUUGGCGCGGAGAGCCUCCGGCGGCGUCAAGUGGCCACUGCCGCUGGAGCCGCCAGCAACAGCCAAGCUCCGAGCGCCUCGGUGACGCCACGGACCGGCGCACUGACGCCUGUGGGCGCAGGAGGUGCCCUGAUACGCCCGGCAGCGGCAGCAGCAUCGGCGGCAGUUUCUGUAGCGACCGGAACAGGGAAGGCCCUAAUGCCAGUUUUCGAGAGCUUGGCGAACAACCUGAUGGGUGACAACCCCGUGCUGGUCCAGGAGGCGCAUCACCUCCGGGAGGAGAACAACGUCCUUAAAGCGAAGCUGGCGGAGAUAGAGGCGCGCCUCGCGAAAGUGGGAGGUGAUGAGGCCCCAGCCUCCCCACCUGCCAAGGUAGUGGACAAAGCUUCCUCUGGGUAGGCAUAGGGUAGCCAUGGAUACCGAAUAGGUAGCAAAGGUUUGCAGUGACCGGCAUGGUAUUGGCUUCUUGACCUUGAUAGCGUAGCUUGUAGAUCUAUGCUGAGGUACUGAAAUAUGCACGUGGUUGAGAAGUGACGCAUGAGUGGCAGUGUGGCGUGAGGUGUACAAGUGAGAGGAUGCUUUCAAUACAGGAUAACAGGCCC